AUUGGUUCUGUGGAUUUCAGUGGUUCCUCAAAUAAACGAACCUUUCUGAUACAAAAAUUUAAAACUAGAAAUUUUUAUAAUAAAUCUUUGAAUUUUAAUAUUGUUUGAGAUAAAACACUCCCAAAUGUUUGGUGAAAAGGCUAUCGAAUUGAUCAAAGAACUGGAUAGAUGUCCUGGCACACUUACUCCGUAUAAUAGCGAUUUGGUCUCGGAAGUUCACAAUGAAAUAAAACAUCUAGUUGAGUGUAACAAAGAUGACGCGAGUUUGGACGAAACUAUGAGUUUGUCUGGAUCCUUCAUUCCAACCAUCAAGUGCAGACAUAGUGCAAUCCGAAGAGAUAUAAGGUGUAUACUGGCCUAUCACUAUAAUCGUCUAAGAUGUCUUCGAAAUAUGAAAUGGGAAUUCGGGGGCUUGCUACCCUCCGAUAUUAAGGAGAACAUGAGUCAUUCCGAAAUGGAAUGGGUGAACAAAUACUCUAAUAUCUUGGCAAAAUAUAUGCGGUCAGUUGGAGAUGAGGGUGUGAACUUGACCCUCAAUUUAAAGCCACCAAAGUCCUUAUAUGUGGAAGUAAGAUGCUUGGUUGAUUAUGGCAGAUUAGAAUUGAACAAUGGUGCAAUAUUGUUAUUGAAGAAAAAUACUAGGCACUUUUUACCCAGGUCAGAGUCGGAAGAAUUAAUAAGACAAGGUAUACUAGAACAUAUUGUUAAUUGAGAAUAGAUCAUUUACUUUUAUUUAU